CGGUCACUCUGCUUCAAGGGGUCCCGCUAGGGACGAGCUGUUUGAAUAUGAAAUUUAAGCGGAUACAAUAGAGAGAUUGAAAGGGACCAGCUUUCCGACAGCACGAGAAAUUGAGGCAAGAAAAUACGGAUUUCUUCUUGGAAGUACUUUCUACCGCCGCGAAGACUCAGAAUGAACGGCACUGCUUUGGUCUGAAUGAACACGGGAUCACAGGGCACUAAGUGGAUUGAAUGAGCAGAUGAACGAGAGAGAAGGAGGGAGAGAAGAGACGAGAGAUUAUAGACUAAUCCAGGACUCGACCAAUCCCCGUCUAGCCCUUUUUUUUCUCAGGAUGCAGACAAACAUCGGCAGGGAUUAUUGUGUUUCGUUAACUGCCUUUUAAAGAAUUAGCAUUUUACAGCAUUGGCUGUGUGCUUUGGGAGGCCUGGGAUCUCGGGCUGCGGCGUUUGCUAAACUCUGAAACAAAAGAUCAGGAGGAAGAAGCUGAGCUGCCAGACAGAGAGCAGCGUGGAGGUCAGGUCAUCUGCCGCGCAAGAGUCUCUCCCAGAUCUGCAGCGUUUGGAGGGACACCAGGAGGUGAAACCACAGCACCUGUUCCUGGGGCCAGAGAACAGGGAUCUGCCCCCUCUGGGAUCUGCCCCCUGGUAAACCUACCCAUCCGGAGAGGAACUACAGGAAUAUACAGGGCUUCAGAGCUGCAGGAGCAGCUGGUUUUAUUAAGUGCAUUUUUUUUAGAUAAAUGAAGGGGGCCGGUAAUAACAAACUUGCAUUUAUUUUGUAUUUCCCAAUGUUAUUGUGAAGGGAAAUAAAUUCUAAUUGACACAUAUAGGGGUAGAACGUGAACAUCGAUAAGAGACCUUGUGACAGCUUAAAAUCUCCUUGAGUGCAUAAGUGCUGUGGAGAGAAAGGCGGUGGUCCGUUAACUAAGCUGUUUUGGGUGCAUAUGUGGCAUGUUUAACGGUAAGCAACUUUAGGACUGUUUAGCUCUGGGAAACAUUCCUGUGACACCCACGGACGGGAGGGGUUUUAUUGUUGAAGCCAUUGUUUUGUGAGAACGAUGAGACCAGCUGCUGAUGGUCCAUGCUUCUCAGAGCGUUUCCGUGGGAACUGGUCCAGGUGGAGGUAAAGAAGGAUCAGAAUUAAGAGCAAACAGAAAAGUGCUUUAAAACCAUCAAAACCCUAUUACUGUUCCCGGACAAGUAAAACAAGUGACUGGGCUUCCUGUGCAAAUGCGUAUAACCGCUCCCACCAGCUGUGUGUAAAAUGUAAAGACAAACAUAUACAUUUACACAUCUAGAGAUAUCCACUCCAAUCAGGUUAACUAGAUUUUUAGUAUUUGUCGACAUAGGAAAUAUACUUUCCUUGAAACCUUGGCUUUACACUGUAUUUCAAAUAUCAUGGAAUCUUUGGGCGGAAUUUUGGACGCAUGUCCACCAGGGCACAGGCCACUGGUGCAGGCUAGCUUAUAGUGUGAAACUGGGACUGAAAAAGGGUUGUGCUGAAUUAAACCUUUUUUUUCAUCUAAAACAUUUCACCUAAGAGGAUGCACACAUCCUUAGGGUUAGUUCUGUAAUAGGAUGCAGGAUCAGAGAAUGAUCAAUUAGCAUUUUCAGCAAAUGUCUGAAUGACAUUUUUUGCCUAAAUGUGAAACUAUUGACUGCCAGUGGUAUACAAACUGGGAAGAAGCUUAAUGCCGGUUACUUGUGCAGACUUUUUGUGUAGCUGUUCAUAGCCAGGGGAAAGCAGAAAAGCCAUUUGUUGUUACAAGCAAGAUCCCAAAAUAAAAACUACAUACUACUAAGUUAGACCACAGGUAUGUAAUAAAACCAAAUGCAUUUCUGAUACAAGCAAAAAAAAGGUAACAAUAUCCCUGUGGAUUUUUGAACGAGUAAUUUUUUUUUUUUUGAGUGACUUUCAUGCAUUUUUGGAAACAUUGUAGAAAUAUUUUUCCUGCAGAACCACAGAGAUAUUUUCUUCAAGAACCGCACAUUUCUCAGAACGGAGCUUUUUAAACCAAACCAGCGGAGCCCAGCCUCGGAAGACAAUUCCUGGCAUCAUUUGUCCUUUUUAUCAAGACUAAAAUCUGAUAGACCGUGGUCAUAAAACAGACACAGGACAUGGACCGCAGAGUGUGAGCGGACAUUUAAGAGAGCAGUUAAUAAACAACGGACGACGCUCGUCUUUUUGCUCGUCUUCUCGUGUCUCCACGGUGAACUCUGAGUAACUCCAAAUAUCGUCUUCCUUAAUUUUGAGGACUUCCUCUAUUAUUUCAAACUCUCAGUAGGACAUCCAAAAACAACAGGCGGCUCUAAACAAUAUCAAAAGCUUUAUGCCUGGAAAAUAUUUGCUGCUUGACCUGGAAGAAUUGAUUGUACGCUGGCUUUGCAGUGCAUGAUUGCUGGGAGCCACUUUACGUUCGGAGGGGAUUUUCGGUCUGUCCGUGGGUCCCUCGUUCGUCAGACUUGGAAGGGACUGCUCCUGCUCUUCUUUGUUGGGGAUUAAAAGUUUUUUUUUUUUUACUCCUCUUUCUCACUUGCCUGUUGAUAAUAAUCGUGCUGUUCUGGUGACCCUGCCAUGAGUCUGGGGAAGCUUCCGGGGAUAAAGGGCCUGGUGUCCGGCUCCCAGGGGAAGCGGCGCUUUAAGAACGACCUCUCGGUGGACAUGAUCAGCCCGCCUCUCGGGGACUUCCGGCACACCAUGCACGUGGGCCGCGGCGGCGACGUGUUCGGCGACACCUCGUUCCUUAGCAACCACGGCGGGGCGGGCAGCGGGGACGGCGAUUCGGGGGGCUCCAAAACCGCCAAGUUCUUCUCCCGCACGCUGCGGCACGUGCGCAAGACCCCCGUCCGGCCCCGGGGGGGCUCCCGCGACCUGUCCUCGCCCCCCCCGCCCGUCUCCCCCAUCAUGAAAAACGCCAUCUCCCUGCCGCAGCUCAACCUGGAGAACGGCUGCCUGCGGAGGGCGCUGUUCCCCGUCUCGCCCAGCUGCCCGGAGGGCUCCACGUUCUCCUCCUACGGUCUGCAGUCGGGGUUCGUCACCCUUCCGCGCCUCUCCCGCGCCGACCGCCAGGCGCAGGACUACUCCGCGGCCUCGGACUUCCGCCGCAACUCCUUCUCGGACGACGGCGACUGCUCCCUGCCGCGCUCCGACUCCAUGACCUCGUUCGUCGUGGACCUGGGGCCCUCCCUCAUGAGCGAGGUGUUCGGCGUGAUCGACAGCCCCAACCACGUCCACGCGGCCGAUCGCAGCUGGGAGGAGGAGGAGGAAGAGGAGGAGGAGCAGACAAGCUCCACCCCUGAGCCGCCAGCCGACGCCCCUUCUGUUAACUCGCCCUUCCUGUCGCCGCUGAGACCGGGCAGGGCGGGCGGGGGGAGCUCUAGAGACGGAGAGGAGGCGGGAGAGAGCGGCGAUCCUCUCAAAAUGGCCGCCCCUGACGAGGUCACGCGGUCCCCCUCCAGAGAAGACCCGGGCAUGGCGCCCGAAAGGUUCAAAAUGGCCGCCCACGUACUGGCACGGCAUUACAGCACCGGCGGGAUCUCACGAGGGCCAGAGCAGACUGGAGAGGAGGACUGCCCGGGCUCCGCGAAUAACUCCUCCAUCUGUUUCCAGGAGAGGGCGCCCUAUGCCUACGCGGAGGACGAGGACGAAAUCAAGGUGUGAGCAAAAAAGGAAGAAAGAGCCCCAGCGUCUCAUACCUGCACCUGCGCCCCUGCCCGUGCGCCUCGUCUGCCCCCUUAGGGGCUCCCCGAAAGAGCUUCAUACAGUUUAAAAACAAAAACAACAACCUGAAAAUACACAGCCUGAAUAGCCCUGUUAAAUGAGUACCAGAAAAGAGUCCUGGACCUAAUUUUAAUAACAGUCCUUUAAUUAUUAAUGACCACUAUUAAUUGGUGCAGAUUUGAGCGUGCCGAGGUAACCCAGUGGCAGCUGAAUUUAACGGGGUGCUGCUGCCUUUCCAAACUUCGUUACACUUCACCUCGUUUUUUUAAUAACAAAAAUGAUUUGUGUAAAGUUAAAGAGAGUCUGAAAUUGCUUUGUUUCAUUCAAAAUUAUUUCAUAAAGCAACCCCGUUCUUGUGAUUCAAACAUUCAAGCCCACAGGAGAAAUCUUCAGUUUUGUGAUGAAGUAAAACAGGAACAAGCCUCUGAUGGAUUUCACCUCUGAAACCGACAUGCUUGUUGAGCAGCAAAGAUACAAAGUCUGGACAUUUAUCAGUUCAAACUGGCAACAGUAUAUCAAUUCACAGAUUAUAUCACGAUCAAGAUUAUGUUCUUUUUCAUUAUUGGCAUUUGGCAUUUGGCUUGUUUGAACAUACAUGAUAAUGUAUAAAUAUGUAUAAAAUGUGUAUAUGAUGCUGAUUAAUACUGCUCCAGGAUGGGAGAAGAUCAUUACACUACUAUGCAAUCUCUGUGAAAGGGAGCGUGAGAAAGAGAUUUGACAGGAACAGAGAGGACUCUGUCAGGUGGAUGGUCAUUCACCACCCCGCUCACAUCUGCUGACAGAUGCCAACAGACACAGAGCCUUGGCCUAUUUAUCUUCUGCUCGCUCGUAUGCCACUGUUCUCACUCAGUGCUGAGCUCAACUCUGCUAAAGAGCCUUUUUCGGCCAAUGGGAAUGCUCCUCUCCACACUCUUCAAGGAAGGGCUAUCCCGCAUGCACGCCGACCAGGACAAAACUUUCUAUGUUGACUGAAGUUGAGUGAAAAUGAAGUGGAUUUAAAAAGGGAAAUGAAAUUAUUCACUUUCAGUAUUGCUGUAGUUUUAACCAACAGGCAAGUGGGUCACGGGAAUUACGCAAUAAUGGGAUUUUUUAAUUUUUUUUUUUUUUAGCAAUGCUGUACGUUGGGAAACUGUCUGUGCAGAAUGCUUUACAGCAGGUGGCUGCCUGGCGUGAGAACUGGCUCUAUGGGAUCUGGAGGUGCGCUCUUCUGACAGAAGAAGGAUUUUUAUCACCCUUUCGAAACAUGAAAUCUUCAUCGACUACUUACGAGCGAGCGAGCUUCUCUAAUGCAGGUGGAACAAGUUUACCCGGGGGGG